AUGAUGGCGGGUUCGCUGUCUGGCACUACCUAUAGCUUUACACAAGAUGCUGCCAGCCUUCAUGAGUUUGUGGCCUUUGACGGUUCUGCCUUUGGUACACCGGCUUUCAGCGGAAAAAUUGCUAACCAGGAUAUUCAUGGUCAUGCAGCAGUAGACCUGAUUAUUGUAACGCAUGACAAGUUUCUGUCUGCAGCCAGGAAGUUGGCAGACUACCAUACCCAAAGAGAUAAGAUGAGGGUGUUGCUGGUCACCAACGAGCAGGUGUAUAAUGAGUUUUCAUCAGGUGGUCAGGACAUCAGUGCCAUCCGGGAUAUGGCGCGUAUGUUUUAUCUGCGGGCAGGAUCAAACGAAGCGGAGAUGCCUAAAAACAUCCUGCUGUUUGGGGAUGCCUCUUAUGAUUAUAAAAACCGGAUACCAGGUAACACCAAUUUUGUACCCACCUUUGAAUCCGAAGAAUCUAUUGCCAUUGGCAGCAGUUAUGUAGUGGAUGAGUUUUAUACCAUGCUGGAUGACAAUGAAAAUAUUGAGGAUGCUAAAAUUGCCAAUACCCUGGAUAUUGGCGUGGGGCGGCUGCCGGUAGGUACCGAAGAGGAAGCGGAAGCGAUGACAGCAAAAAUCAUUGCUUAUACAAGUCCGGCCUCGCUGGGUCCCUGGCGCCUGAACAAUACUUAUUUAGGGGAUAAUGAAGAUGGGGCAGGCCCACACCUGAUGCAGGCAGAAUAUAUGGAAAGCAUUAUCAAGACAAAGACCAAUAACCUGUACAACAGUACCAAGAUCUACCUUGAUAACCUUCCCUUCGUAUCCACACCAAGCGGGGAGCGUUGCCCGGAAGGGAAUAAUGCGAUCAAUAACACGAUCUUCAAAGGCACCUUCCUGAUCAACUUUACAGGGCAUGGAAGUAUCUAUACGCUGACCCAUGAGCGCGUGCUGACUGCUGCUGAUUUCGGGCUCUGGAAGAAUAUCAAUAAGCUACCGUUUAUGAUUACGGCAACCUGUGAUUUUAGCCGUUAUGACCGCCCGGAAACGCCUUCAGCAGGGGAGAAACUGAUUACCAAAGCAGAUGGUGGUGCUAUUGCCAUGCUGACAACAACGGCGCUGGUAUAUGCUGAUAUUAACAGGGAGAUCAACGCAGAUUUUCUGACGGCACAGUUUGAUGUGCACAACCAGAACAAAUGGUAUUCCUUUGGUGAAGCAUACCGCCGGGGUAAAAAUACCGCCUAUAUUAAUGUGCUGAACCCCUUUGUGCUCAUGAAUUACCGGGCAUUCACCUUGCUGGGGGAUCCUGCCUUGCAGCCGGCUUUCCCGGAGCAUUUUAUCCAUACCGACUCGAUUAUGGAAAUGACACAGAAUCUUGCCGAGAAUCUGUUUCACCUUGGCCUCGUAGUCCCAGGCACCCAGAUCGUCCAUCCGUUCAAUGGCGGCGCCGAGUACCGCGUGAUCUUCCGAUUCGCUGACUUGUUCGUAAUGUUUGAUAGCGCUGAUCACGGGGUGAUCGUAAUGAAAGAUAUUCUCGAGUACUGA